GCUCAUUUCCCCUGCUUCGUUGUCCGAACACGACCGACUGCGCCACCUCCUUUGAAUGACUCGUUCAUGAGGACAAAAUGUUCUCGAUUAUAACGAAUGUAUUCCCAAACCUGAGGCACUGCUGAUUCGAAGUUUAUAUGUACUUAAGUAGCCGGUUCGUUCUAAGGAAAAGACGAGCUUCAUUGAUGUAAACGCUCGAAGAAAGUUCUCUGCAGGCUAGUGCGUUAUUGCCAGAUUGUCAUCUUCAACACUAUGUUGAGCUUGAACAUACAAUCAAGAGAGCGCAUCCACUACAGAUGUAGUCGCUCGAGAUCAAAAAUCGAAAACGAAGAGGAAGUAAAGAUCGCUUGUUCCCAUCUUUUUAAGAAAACGACUUGAUAAAUUGACAUGAAAGAUUUAUAUUAUGCACGGUCAGCGAAAUUCACUGAACAUCAACUUCGAGCCUACAGCAGGAAAGUUGUUUGCAAGAAAGUUUUUUUUCCGGGCCGGCACGAAUAACUAUGUAUACUGAUAGGGGAUCUUCAUUUGAAAACCACGACACCGGCGUGCAUUGAACAUCGAUUUUAUUGAUCGCUAACCUAAUAAGAACAAUUCAUUCUUCUCUUCUUUUUCUUUUUAGAAGAAGACACUGCCUAGAACAAAAUGGCUCGUGGACACCAAGCUCAGCAAGCGAAGGAGAAAAAUGCCAAGGAGGCAGCGAAGAAGGCCAAAUCUGGUUCGCAAUUGACGGCGCAAAAAGUAGGGCUCAAGAUUAGCUGCAAGCUAUGCCUGGUAUAGAUGAAGUUUUCUUUUUGUUGUAUUAUCCAAGCGCAAUUAAAAUUUAGGCUUUGUGAAUCACAUGUGGGUCCUCAUACUCUUACUCUUACACCUCCUAGUUGAAGACCAGCAAUUUUCUGCAUUUUUACCAUCGAAAUGAGGGUAUGAAUAUCUUCAUUCUUCCACUGUCGUGAUACAGACAUGAAAUUUUCAAUUAUUUGAUGUGCUUCGUCUACAGGCGCCAAUGACGAACUACAAGUGCUUGGUGCAGCACUACGAGGCGAAACACCCAAAAGAAAAAUGCCCGACCGAGGAAGAAAUAUAGCACGAGCAUUUUUACCCAGUGCGUCGUUGCAUUGCACGGACGACGUCGCCCCAUUUGUAGCCCUACUGUACCUCUACGACAGAGAUGAAUGUUGUUCAGAAGGAGUAGAAGAACAAGAACAUCUUCACAGCGCAGCAAAUUACAGCGAUCCCAAGUGUUUCGACAGUGCAUCUUCAUCUUUGCAGCACGCCUGUGCCUACAACAAAGACGUUUUUUAUUGGCGCGGAGUCAAGGGGAGAAGGCCAAUGCGCCGAGCACAACUACGAAGAAGAACUGCAACAUGUAGCACUUGUGAUUGUUUAGGAUCCAGAAAGUUUGCUUUUGCAGAUCAUUGUUGUUCAUAUUUUACGCAAGAGUAGAGAGGAGCAAAAAUCAUGAACGCAUUCGCUCUUAAUCCGUACGAACUGUGCUAUCUUGAAGCCAUAUCCAUUCCAUCAUCGUGACGUGUUACGGAGGACUACCACCUGGAGCUAUGGUCUUGCUCGUGUUCUUCAU